UUGAAAACAUGUCUCCCAUGAAGCUGUGUGUUCCAGGAGAGAGGCUGUGCAGCACGGAGGAUUGUAUUCCAGGGACAGGGACGUACCUGCGACAUGGCUACAUCUUUGCCUCUCUUGCUGGAUAUGUGCUGAGGAAGAACGAAGGAGAAGAGCUGCCUGUGAUAUCUGUCGUGAGAGAAACAGAGGCACAAUUGCUGCCUGAUGUCGGCGCUAUAGUCACGUGCAAGGUUACCAGUAUCAACCCAAGGUUUGCUAAAGUCCACAUCCUCUAUGUUGGUUCCACCCCACUGAAGGACAGGUUCAGAGGAACUAUCAGGAAAGAAGAUGUAAGAGCAACAGAAAAAGACAAGGUUGAGACAUACAAAAGUUUCCGGCCCGGAGACAUUGUCCUUGCAAAAGUGAUUUCCCUGGGUGAUGUUCAGUCCAACUACCUGCUGACGACGGCGGAGAACGAGCUGGGUGUGGUGGUGGCACACAGCGAGGCAGGCGUGCAGAUGGUGCCGAUCAGCUGGUGUGAGAUGCAGUGCCCCCGGACUCACGCUAAAGAGUUCCGGAAGGUGGCCAGGGUACAGCCUGAGUAUCUCCAGGCCUGAAGCAAGGCUUCUGAUUCCCCUCUGCGGGCUCUCGCCUCGACAUCCAGCAUUCCCUUUCCUCCAGGAACACACAGCUUCUAUCUGACAAUGCAGACCAAGCCCUGCGUAUGACAGGAUCGAGCGCCUGGUAUUCUCAGUUCAUGGAGACACUCGGAGAGGAAGACUUCCGAAGUGAUGGCUACAUACAAAACAAGUGACAACCAGUAGCUAUAAAGCGAUCGGGAUUUUGAAGUAAAUGUUCUUUAAUUACGACUGGUAAUUGACAGCACUGUUCUGAAGACUCGGUGGAAUAUAUGAUCCCGAAACCAGAUUACAGUUUUUGUUUCUAUGCAUUUACAUUCAUUCUUGGUUUCUUUUCUUGCCUUUGGAAAAGUACAAAAAAAUAAACAUGAUUUUUCAAGCA